GUUUGUUCCGACAAGUCACGUGACCCAAACGCGGAAAUGGAACGGCGACGCCUGCGAGGAGAAGAGCUGAGUGGAUGCGGAAGGAAACACGCAAGAAACGCGCUGCCGACGACGCCAAAGCCAAAGGCUCUGCCGAGGCGGGAGGCCUUCGCUUCUCCGGGAGACCCCCGGCGGCCGGCGGCCCGUCGCGCGUCCGCUCGGACGACCAGCCGCGCGACUCCGUUGUCGUGGUCACCGCCGAGGAUGACGGCGGCUUCCUGGCGAAGGUGGGCUUUCUGAAGGCGCAGCACCGCUACGAAAUCGCCUUCACCCUGCCUGAGGUCCCGGCUCUCGGAAAGGACGCGUGUCCGGCGGCGAUGCCGAGCGCCCGCCCACGGGUCGUCGACGUCUCGCCCGCUCCCGAAGGAGGUCUGAAGGUGACGUGCGAGUAUCUGGCUCAGCGCGAGGGGGUGCUGUGCGAGGCCAACGAUGACGUGUGCGUCGUGGUCAAAGUUCACGCCAGAGUCAUGGGUAGGCACAACGGUACAUCUAUGCAUUCAGAUAGCGCCCGCUGCAUCGGCGCGGAGCCGGACCGCGACUCGGAGCAGAGCGACUGGCGGGGCUUCGACCGAAGCCGCGCGGACGACGGCCGGGACCGGCCGCGUUUGGCCACACGGGGGCGGCGGCGCUCUCGGCUCGGAACGGGAGCCGAUCGGCAAAAAGGGACUCCGGAGCGGGACGCUCCGCCACCUGUCGUUUUACACGGCUCGUUCUCAUAUCGCGUGGGCGGUGGUGGCGGAGACACGGCCCGCUGAAUGUCCUCGUGUUGGAAAUAUUGGUAUCAUUUCCCAACUUUUGCCAAAAUGUCUUGACCGUUAGGUACCACCAAUAAAGUUGAUUUGCAACCUGC